CAUCAGGACGGGUCACGCGUGGGUCGGGAGAGGAAGAAGACCGUGUCCUUCAGCAGCAGUCUGUCAGAGAAGAAGAUCAGCAGUGCCGCUGACUGCAUUCACUCCAUGGUUGAGGGAAGUGAGCUGAAGAAAAUCCGUCCAAACUCGCGUGUUUACCAGCGCUAUUACAUGCUGGACGCAGGUCUCCAGGCUCUGUGCUGGGAGCCGUCCAAGAAGGAGUCAGACAAAGCCCGGAUCUCUCUUUCCUCCAUAAGAGAGGUACGGACGGGCCGUAACACAGAAACCUUUCGUACCAGCGGGGUUUAUGAGCAGAUAUCAGAGGACUGUGCAUUCUCCAUCAUCUAUGGAGAUCUGUACGAAAACCUGGACCUGGUGGCCAACUCUGCUGAAGUGGCGAACAUUUGGGUGACCGGACUAAGGUAUCUGAUGCAGUAUGGGAAACAUGCCCUGGACAUGCUCUCCAGCAGUCAGGACAGUCUAAGACUCGGCUGGUUAGAGCAGCUGUUCUCCUCUGCCGCUGAUUCGGACGGACAGGGUGGUGUCGAGGAGGGAAUUCGCUUGCAGUCGGCCAUCAAGUUGAUACAGCGCGUGAACCCCGGGGUGAGCGGCAGCAAAGUGGAGCACAGGUUUAAAGAGCUACAAAGGGUUCGGCUUAUGCUGGAUAAUGGGGCUGGACUCAAAGACCACGCGGAAACCAAAAGAUCUCCGGGAAGAAAAGAGCGGGUCACCAAGCAGGAGUUCAUCGAGGUCUUUCACGACUUUGGCACACGUCCGGAGAUCUACUUUCUGUUGGUGCAGUUCUCAAGCAACAAGGAGUUCCUGGACGCCAAAGACCUGAUGCGGUUCCUUGAAGCUGAGCAGGGCAUGACUCAAGUGAGCGAGGAGACAAGUCUGAAGCUCAUCCAGUCCCAUGAGCCAUCAGAGGAGGGUCGGCAGCAGGGAUACCUGUCUUUGGACGGCUUCACCAGCUACCUUACUUCAGCAGAGUGCCGCCUCUUUGACAGGGAGCACGACAUCGUGUGUCAGGACAUGUCCCAGCCUUUGUCCCACUACUUCAUCAACUCCUCCCACAACACCUACCUCAUCGAGGAUCAGUUCAAAGGUCCCUCGGACAUCUCCGGCUACAUCCGGGCCCUUAAGAUGGGCUGUCGAUGUGUGGAAGUGGACGUUUGGGACGGUCCUGAUGAGGAGCCAGUGGUGUGCACAGGUCACACCCUUUCCCCACCACUGACCCUGCGCUGCGUGUUGGAGGCAAUUGGAAAGUUUGCAUUUGUGGCUUCAGGCUAUCCUUUAAUCAUAUGUAUUGAGAACCACUGUUCAUCUGGACAGCAGAAGAAAAUGUGGGAGUAUCUCACGGGCGUACUCGGGGAGAAGUUAUACACAACUCCCCCAAAUGAAGGGGACGCCUACCUACCAUCGCCACAUGCCUUAAGGCAUAAAAUUCUACUGAAGGGUAAAAAGUUGGGUCCAGGUUCUGAUGGUGAGGAUGGGGAGGUAAGUGAGGAGGAUGAAGGUGCAGAGAUGUGUCAAAGGUUGAAGACAGCUAACAGUGGAUUGGCAGCUCUUGCAGGAAGUGAGAAGGACACGUUGCAGAAAAGCGUCCCUUCCACAGCUCACUGUAAUCCUCCUCAUCCGCCCUCCAAGCGGUUCCAACUAUUGAAGGAGAUGUCUGACCUAGUAACUCUUUGUCACUCUGUGAGCUUUGUUGAUUUUCCAACAUCAACAAAAACCCAAAAACCUUGGGAACUGUGUUCCUUUCACGAGUCCCUGGCCGUGCGUCUCGCUGGCGACAGCCCCGGUCACUUUGUCAAUCACAACAAGCAUUUCCUGUCGCGGGUUUACCCCAACCCCAUGCGAAUUGACUCGAGCAACAUGAACCCUCAAGACCUGUGGAAGUGCGGCUGCCAAAUUGUGUCUAUGAAUUUUCAGACAGCAGGUCUGAUGAUGGACCUGAACACUGCUUGGUUCCGGCAGAACGGGAACUGUGGUUACGUUCUGCGGCCAGCCAUCAUGCGGCAGGAGGUGUCUUAUUUCAGCGCCGACACGAGAGACACGGUGCCUGGUGUGUCUCCACAGCUGCUUCACGUGAAGGUGAUAAGUGGCCAGAACCUGCCAAGGCCAAGGGGCUCUGGGGCCAAAGGGGACGUGGUAGACCCAUAUGUGUAUGUGGAGAUCCAUGGCAUCCCAGCAGACUGCACAGAGCGCCGCACCAGGACAGUGAUGCACAACGGAGACAACCCUAUCUUUGACGAGAGCUUCGAGUUCCAGAUCAAUCUGCCGGAGCUCGCUAUGGUUCGCUUUGUUGUGCUGGAUGACGACUUCAUAGGGGAUGAUUUUAUAGGUCAGUACACCAUCUCUUUGGAGUCUCUUCAGCCAGGCUACCGACACGUACCACUGCAGUCCCUGACGGGAGAGGAGCUUCCACACUCCAGGCUGUUCGUCCACGUGGCCCUCACCAAUCGUAGAGGAGGAGGAAAGCCUCACAAACGUGGCCUGUCCGUGCGGAAAGCCCGCAAGGGCAGGAGCUACACGGCCCUGAGGGACCUGGGCGUUCGGGCGGUGGACGAGGUUUUCAAGACGGUUGCUCCACUGGUGAAGGAAGCCACCGAUCUGAGGGAAAACAUGCAGAGCUCUGUGGCAGUGUUUAGGGAGCUGUGUGGAGUGUCAGCAGUGGCUAACCUCAUGCAGUGCGUUCUGGCUCUGAGCUCCAGGGUGUCAGGACCAGACGGGACGCCUUUGCUGUUGUUUGACCUACGUGAGCAGUACCCCACCCUGGAGCCCCAGGGGCCCCUGCCUGAUGUCCUCCGCCGCGUCGUCUCCACCUACGAAAUGAUGGUCCAGGCCAGCAGAGCUGUGGUGGAGCUUUCUGAUGGAAUCUACAACAGAAUCCUGCAAAUUCAGACAACAGCGAUGGAGUUUCAUGAGAAUCUGCAGAGCCUGGCGGUGAAGGAAGGGCUGAAAGGUCGCAAAGUCAGUCGAGCGCUGGAAAGCUUCAGCUGGAACAUCACCAUCCUUAAGGGCCAGGCCGACCUCCUAAAGCACGCACAGUCCGAGGUCCGGGAGAACAUGGAGCAGGUCCAUGACGCGGCUCUGACUGGAAACCUCAGCAAGGACAACUCUGGAGUGACACGAGUCCGCUCCCAAACGCGACGAGGCCAGGACGACAAAACCGCCACAAGUGCUAGAGGAAACUAGAGGAGAGUGGAGAUGGAACUUCACGUCUCGCCGCCUUCACUGUAGCUGCUGUGACAACCCUCUCCUCGUGUCACCGCUUUGUUCCCCACAGAUGAGCGUGCCAGAGUGGGAGAUGAUUGCUGUGUUUCUGGAUGUGGAAAAGCAGAGUUGAAUGCAAGUCUUCAAAUGUUGACCACCGUCUGUCACUGAGCCCAGGAGAGCAGCUGACAUCACAGCAACGACAAUGACAAUGUGUCGUUCGAUUUAAAGCCAAGGUUCUGCUGUACUGUAUUAAACUGUAGGUACAACAAACAAGAAAACCCGCACAAAGGAAGUGCAAUGUUGUUGAGGUGUGUAAAAAAAA